AUGCUUCCCUCCGCCUGCCAUGAGGCCGACUCCGUCUACGAGAUCCAGCCGGGCACAUUGCUGCAGCUGUUGGCCAACGCGGUCGUGCUGGGACACACGACACCCUACCUGCCACCAUCGGCGCUGCUAAGCCUGGCCGCCACCAGCCGGGCCUACCGCGCCCUGCUCUACGGCACGCCCUCGGUCUUUGGCCGUCUGGACCUGUCGGCCAUCGGGCUGGCCGCCGUGCCGAUCAGCUCGCUCGACCGCAGCGGUGAGUCAUUCUACUCCGGUCCGCUUCGCGGCGUCUUCAGUGCGCUCGGCCGCGCUGGCUGGCUGGCUGGCGUGCACACGCUCCUCCUCGACCGUGUCGCUGUCACGGCCGAGCUCGUGCACGAGAUCAUCACCAGUCCGGCCUACAACGUGCGGAUCCUGUCGCUGCGCCAUGCCCGCCACCUCGACGAGCACCGGCUGCGCCGCGUGCUGAGUCUGGCCUGUCGGCCAGGUCGACCGGCCGGCAUGCCCCGACUGCGCGGGCUCUACAUCAUUGGGGGGGAUGAGACGGAAGACCAAAAGGAAGACCAAGAUCGGACGGACGACGGCGACCUGUGGUAUCGACGUCGCGGCCGCGUGCUGUCCGGCAGCGCGGCCGUCCAGGCUGCUUCGUGGGCCAGCACGCUGAUGGACUGUCGCGGCGUCCUCGCCUUUGAUGCGGUCCUCUGUCAUGGGCCUCGUCACGUGACAUCACCAGGUCCCCCCGCCAUCGCCGCCCACGCCCUCGAUGGCUGUGCCGGCUGCGGCAGCGCGCCCGAGGGCUGGACCGCCUGGGGCGACGAGAGUGAGCGGACCGACGUGGCCGGCUAUGUGUCGCGCUACCCGCUGCUGUGGCCGCCGCCACGGCUGUCCAGCAGCAUCCGCGCGGCCAUGUGUCCGGAAGGCGAGCCGGUGCAUCCGCUGCGCCAUCGACUGCGGCCGGCCAGCCCGGCUCGCUUCAUCGCCCGCUGUGACGCCUGCAUCCACGACCGCAUGUGCUUCACCUGCCGCCGCUGGUGGUGCGAGUCGUGCAUGCCGGAUCAGAUCGGGGGUCCAUCGUCCAAGGUUGGUCCGGAUUGGAUAUCCUCUUCCGAACACCCAGACACUUGUCCUGCUGACCAUGCCAGACUCCUUCCAUUGCAUAUAGCUGUCGUGAAUGCGGCCCCAGCGUACGUCCUGCCCAAAGUGUUCCCGUUCUCGAACGGACGGCCGACUUACUACUCCCAGUGCCACGAAUGCAUCGCCGAGACCCAGCUCUGGUGCAGACGCUGCCGUACUGGCUAUUGCACCGUCCACAAUGUCGGGUCCAGCCCAACCCACGUAAGAAACACUGCCCUUGUAGCUGUUCCGGAAGCCGCCGUCUGGAUGGCCCGGUUUUCUCCCGUCUUCCGCUUCUAUUCUGAAGAGGCUAACCGAGGUUAUAUUAUGGACCAACAGCAGCCACGUGUGUCUCUCAAGAGCCACUAUUAG